AUGGCUUUCCACAACCUCUGUCUGCAGGUUCUACUGCUAACGGCCUUCCUCUCCUACUGCGCUCACUCAGCCUUUAGGCUCCUCUCCUGUCUGUCCUGGCUGCUGCUGGUCGGUCAGAACCACUCUGUCUCUCAGUCACUGACAGCUCCCCUGCUCCCUACACACUUCCCCCUGCCUCCGACCCUGCUGUGGCGGGGCGGAGGUACGAAGCCUGCGGGGGUGGCGGUGGCCCCCUCCAAGGCCAAAGAGUUCCUGACCUCCCUACGGAGGCCCAAGAGGAACAUCUGGGACCGCAGCAGGCCAGAUGUGCAGCAAUGGAUCAUGCAGUUCAUGCACAUGGGGUAUGACGAGGCGAGGCUUGAGACUGACCUGUCCUACUGGAUGGACCUGGCCCGGUCGUCAGACCAAGGUCGCCAGCACCAUUGUGACGAGAUCGCUCCCAUCGGGCCCCAGGACCCCGGUUCCUACAGACACGGCGCCAAUGUCAAUUAUGACUACUAUUAAUUGGCCAGCUGUGAUUUACUCAGUUUCUCUGUCUCAACAUAACAAUCACAUGAGCUUCAAAGUAAGGAAACAAAUAUGUUGUUUUGUAAAAUCGUUGAACUGUCCCAAUCACAUGAAUGCUUCCCUCUUCUGUGACUUAUCCCUCUGAUGCUACUCUGCACACAUACAGUAAUGUAGCCU